AUGGCGGGAGAUAGUAGCAAAGGCUUCGACGAUGAGAGCUCUGCAGAUCAGCUGCUGCCGUCCGGCGGUGGAUCUGGGGACGACGGGGAGGGUGAUGAUGCUGGUGGCGCCGAUGUGCCUCGCGCGCACGACGGGAGCUCAAGCAAUAGCAGCACGGUGGAGCUGGAUGAAGCCGGCGGGGACAGCGGCAGGAAGGCCACCGGCGCCUCGCCGUCCUCGGUGCGCCCCUACGUCCGCUCCAAGAACCCCCGCCUCCGCUGGACACCGGAGCUCCACCUCUGCUUCCUCCGCGCCGUCGACAGGCUCGGCGGCCAAGACCGUGCAACUCCAAAGCUCGUUCUUCAACUGAUGAACGUUAAAGGGCUUAGCAUAGGCCAUGUCAAGAGCCAUCUCCAAAUGUACAGGAGCAAGAAGAUCGACGACUCAGGCCAGGUGAUAGGCACUGGUUCAUGGGGAGAUCUUCAUCAGCUGCAUGACGGGGGACAAGCGUACAACCUCGGCCAUCUCUCCUUGCAUCACGGCCAGACUGGUGCUAGUACCAUAUUGUCAGCAAGGUUUGGUGCAUGGCCCCAUUGGAACAAUUUCCAUGAUCCAUCAUAUUUGCUUCACAGUCACCAUCUUCUUGGAUCAAAACCCUACUACUCAUCGACAGCUGAAGCCGACACAUUCCUUAGAACCCGUGCUCAGUAUAUUGCUAGUAGAGCUACUAGCAGCAGCACUCCAGCGUCUACUCUUGAAAGGUGUUUAUCAUAUCAAAAUGAUCAAUUCAUGAAUCAUCAUCAACGACGACUGCCGUGCAAUGAGGAUAAUAUCCACCAUGAUCCCCUUGAUCUCGAACUCGCAUUGGAUAUUGGCCCACGCCAGGACAAGAGAAUAAAGAGAUCAAGUUGUAGCUGGGGAAGACAUCAAGAAGAGAAGAAUGACGAGGAUCAAGAAGUCGAGAGUACUACUGAUGAUACUAGGCUAUCUCUUUCUUUGUUCCCAUCUCCUCCUUGUGCGAGGACCAAUAAUGGCGGUCAUCAUAAAUUCCUAGGUGUCAAUAUGGAAAAAGGGAAAGUGCAUCCAACAAGGACAAGUACUCUUGAUCUCACCAUAUGA